CCAAACCCCUCUCUCUUCCUCUUCUUACUGUACUGUUCUGUCACUUUUGCACUCUCAGACUCAGAGAGGGAGAAGGAAAAGAAGAGGGCUUUUUAUCGGCUCCAUGCAAGGGGCAGACUGAACCAGCAGCUCAGCUCUUGCUCCUCUGUUCACUUCUCCCACGGUUCCCUUCUUCAAAUUUUCUCUCCUCUCCGCCACAAUGCUGAAGCUCCUGCUUCUCCUUCUCGCUCUCCAUUGCUUCCACAUUCAAGGUCUUGCUGCUGCAGGUCAAGGAGGGCUACCGAGUUCCCGUGAGACGGCUACCCUCUCCGACUCCUACCUCGGAGACGUCUCCGGCAAUGUUCUAAAGGCCGAAGCUUGGCUCAGAGCCCAUGUCCUGUCACGCUAUCCUGCUUCUGGAACCUCCACCAUAGUCGUGGGGGACACCAUUUCUUGCACCGGAGAUCAAGAGCCCAAGUUGGGUCUGGUCCUUCCCUCUCUGAAGAACAUCCACCACUCUCUCACGAGGUGGGGCCUAGAGAGAGACAUCAAGGUCUCGGUUUCACUCUCUCAGGACUGCUUGACCUCUGGUUCUGAUGUGGGUGCUGUGAGAUCAGUGCUGAAGUUCCUUGAAAGCGUAAAUUCCACCCACAUUGUGGACUCUGCACCCUUAAAGUCGUCACCUUUACCGGUGGAGACGAGCAAGUUUGGAUCUUUAAGUUUAAGUUGGCUGUUGGGAGGGAAACCCAUGACCAUGAGCAGGAAGCUUUCCUCUGUGGAGUCCGACUCCAAGCUUGUGAAGCCGUACCCGGCAAGACCGAGUCCGUUGCCGGAAAUACCGCGGGGAACCCCUCUCCACUCCUCAGUUGGCUUCUCCAUCCCUGCCCACAUAGCCAAAAGCCCUCACCCAGCACCCUCGGGUUCGAGACUGACUUCCCCUCCUCCUCUACCUCCCCUGCCUCCUUUAACCUUCCCUUUCGCUCCGGAGCAGCCCCCGGUGUUCGUGCCCGUGAUGCCACCCCUCGCUUUCACACUGCCACCCUGCGCUCCACCAGCUGAUGAUGGUCGAUUUGGGUCUGCCCCGUCGUCAGGGACGGCUGAGAGGGGCAGGCAGAGGCUGUGGUGCGUCGCUAAGCCGACCGUCCCCGAGGACACGCUGCAGGAGGCGAUGGACUACGCCUGCGGGGAGGGAGGAGGGGACUGUGGGGAGAUUAUGCCAAGUGGGAGCUGUUACUACCCCAACACUGUGAUUGCUCAUGCGUCCUAUGCUUUCAACAGCUACUGGCAGAAGAACAAGGGGAACGGCGGGACCUGCUCCUUUGGUGGGACCGCAAUGUUGAUCAAUGCCGACCCGAGUUUCCUUCACUGUAGGUUUGUGCUUAGCUGAUCACCUGGAAUGGCAUCGAGAUCGAGAAUGGUGGAUGGCCGUCUCUUUUGGGCGUGGGAUGAGAGUACUAGUGGUUCAUCUGCUUAAAUUUAAUUUCUGCUAUUAGGAGAUUAACGGUAGGCAUGCAAAAAUGUAGAAGGCAAGGACGUUAAAAUUGCUUUGUUAAUUCAACCCACUUUUAGACAUCUGUGAGCUGAUGAGAAGACUCUUGAUCUAGUAAAAUGUUGACACUCCCUUCUGCUUUUGUGCAGGGACAAGUUCUUUUCAUCUUUGUUUC